AUGGCAUUCAAAGGAAUUGAGAUGGCUCUAGCCCUGGUCCUUGGGUCCAUGCUUUUGGGUGGAGCCAUGGCUCAAUCAGGCUGUACCACUGCACUCGCAAGCCUGGCACCAUGCCUCAGCUAUGUUACAGGAAACUCAUCAAACCCAUCAUCUUCAUGCUGCUCACAGCUUUCUAAUGUCGUCCAGUCAUCACCACAGUGCCUUUGCUCAUUGAUCAAUGGUGGCGGCUCCUCAUUGGGUAUCACCAUAAACCGAACCCUUGCUCUGUCUCUUCCUAGUGCCUGUAAAGUCCAAACUCCACCCGCUAGCCAGUGUCAAGGUGCCAAUGGACCAUCAACUCCUCCAGCAAGUUCCUCUGCAGAUCCCUCCAAUCAAACACCUUCAGAUGCUUCUACACCAGAAGCUGCAAUUUCGCCUUCGGCCUCAGACAUUCCUUCAGCUUCAGGAGAAGGGUCAAAAACAGUUCCAUCCACAAACGGAAACACAUCUGAUGGAAGCAACAUCAAAGCACCCCUUCACUUUGUUCCCUUGCUCCUUUUCGUUAUCUCUUGUGCUUCUACUCUCACCAGUUUUUGA